CAACGCAAACAGUAUUUUCUAGUUUUGAUUUUGUUAGCGCCAUCUCUCGGUCGUAUACUUUAGUUUGCAACGCCACCGCUACUCUUAUUUACGUUGCACUGCUGUUGCCGUUUCUGUAGGGGGGUAUGAUGGUGUAGCCCAGCUGUGUUGUGGCGUGAGGAGGGCCAGACCGACCGAUCGCUGUUCACUUUUCAUUGUCGGGUCGGCGGGUGCAGCCCGUUCCGGUAGUGCCUUGUCGCCGGGAAUGUCGAAUGGCCGCUGCCUUGGCAUGGCAACAACGCCGACAAGCCAACCCGUAUCCAGGGGCCGCGGUCGUGGCAGGGGCAGAGCCAGGCUUGGCAUUCAGGUAGCCCAUACUUCGAGCAGCAACACGGCUGCAAACACUGGAAAGCCGAAUGUGGCUUGUGCAGUCGAUAGCACAUUAUCCACAGCAGCACCCUCAGUUCCUGUUCGUGAUUUUGCUGCUGACCAGUUGGCGUACAAGCGCUUAGACCCCAUUAGUGCGAGAGCUGGUGGUGAUGCCUCUGCACCCCCUGCGGUCAACAGGAUGCGUGCAAACAAAGCCACCAAAUUGCCUAGAAAUGCACAGCAGCAUAAUUGGCACUGCCACCCAAGUGGUGUCCAGGAUUCCGUGGAAAGUAAUCGGAAGUCCCACCCUACGCUAAGUACAAACGAUUCGAGCAACUCGCCUAUGAGCCAUAGGCCCAGCUUGCCCAGACGUUGCAGAGUUGAACCUGGGUGUACUUUUCGGCCAGAACGCAGCGGACAACAGCACAGGCCGGUCACAGGAAAAGUUCUGCAUGACCGUUCCAACAGCAAGACUGAUGCCAAGACCUGCGGGCCCUCCUCUGGCUGCCCUACAGGUACCAAACCAUUUGCACCAUCGUCAAAGAGUAGGAAAAGUCUGACUACUAGCAAUGACGCUCAGCAUGGGCGAGCUGUUGCCACUGGCACAGGUCAUCUGUAUGCGCUGCAUUUGCACAACAAUUGUGCCGAGUUGCCACCAGUAGAGGACAUCGUGAAGCGUCUACAAGAAAUACAAAUGGAAUUUCAAAGGGACGGCCUCAGUAUGGAACUGCCAUGCUCGAUGACGGACACGAAGCCCUGCUGGAUCUUGAACAACUUGAGGACGUUCAACCGCAUCCUGAUGAGAGUCGACAUUGAACUGAAAGAAGAAGAGCCGCGCAAACUCUGCGUUUGUUCUCUCGACGAAGCGGUGGUGAUGCACUCAAAUGACAACUGGGUCUUUGACGCCUGCAUCCUGUUCCACUUGCUCCUCAAAAGGCACAAGUGCAUACAAACUUUGCACCUUGACAAGACAGCUGUGGCAUCCGGUUACCCACAGAUACUCUGCGAUGCAUUGGCCUGCAACAGGGGCCUUAGGCGCUUGGCCAUCGCCUGUUGGGAUUUCUUACCUGCCACAGAGCGCACACUCGUCUACUCAUUGUGCAAGAUGCCUGCACUCGAAUAUAUUUGCAUUUCGAAACUGUCUGUGACGCCAAGUGCAGCUGCACGUAUCGGUGACAUGAUAGCGAGGGCGAAGUGCAUACGCAAGGUUAAGUUCCUGGAAAAUGACAUGUCGCCCGAGGCUGGUACGGAGCUCAUGAAGGGACUGUGUCGCAACAGCGGCCUUGAGCUGAUUUGGCUUGACGACAAUGCCCUCGGAACUGGCGGAGCACGUUUUCUUGGUGAAUUCCUUGCCACGUCUACCAAGUUGCGAGAGCUGUCGCUGAGUGAUGUGCCAUGCUUCGAUGAACAACAACUGGUGUUCAUUGCAGAGGGGCUGAAGACAAAUCGUAGCCUCGAGAAAUUGGAGAUUCAUGGGUGCCGCGUUGCUGCGGGUGGCAUCGACAGGCUUGCCGAAGUUCUAAAGAACAACAGCACUCUGAAGUACUUGGAAGUGUCCGCAUGCAACCUUGCGCAAGCGGAAACCAGGUCUUUCGCAAUCCUUUUAGAGUUUAACACUGGUCUCCUUGAAGUAAACAUCAGGGACAACCUUAUCGAUGACAUUGGAGCGAUUCGGCUGGCACAGGCAUUGAAGUUCAAUAUGCACCUGGAGAAGCUGAACCUUGAGGCUAACAACAUCAACUCACCGGGAGUGGUUUCGCUUGUCGAAGCACUUGCGAGCAACAGUGUGUUGAAGGAGCUAACGCUGGGCUGCGUUGAAGCGGAGGAUGAAGAGGAUGAACGGGCAGUCACUGCCGCUUUAAAUCGCACAGCUGCCUAUGACCGUGUGCGACUGAGCUGCUAUGACAUUCGGGGUGUUUUUCAGCUCUCAGCGAGCCUUCGCAUGCAUGCUGACCGUAUCACAUCAGUGCACUUAGAUGCAAGUGUCGACGUCGAUGCCGAUUGCCUCAAGGACCUGUUUGUUGCACUGGCUACUGUUUCAUGCCUAAAAUUUCUCUGCAUAGAUUCCCAAGCCACUAUGGAUGGUUCCGCUGCCAGGAGGUUUGCCAAGCUACUGUGUAUGACGAAAACGUUGAAGCAUGUUCAGAUAAACUCCUGCAGUGCUGACAGCGUGGCGCUGGAAACAGUCAUGAGGGGCUUGAAGAAGAACCGGUCUGUGUUGUUCAUGGAGAUAGAGUUUGCAGCCUGCAACACUGCUUGCACUGACGCAUUUGUGGACAUGUUGAAGGGCAACACAACGCUCACCCAUUUUGGCUACAUUACCACCAAGCUUUCUGAGCUGCAAGUGAUAGCUCGCGAGCUGCCAGCAAAUCACGUCCUGACGUCCCUCAAGAUUUGGGAGAAGCCCAGCUUCAGGGAGGCCAUCUUCGAGAUUCAUGAAAUCCUUCGGCGUAAUGUCUCGUACCUCAACCGAGCUGUCGAGUUUGCCAUGGAGCCAGAGAGGUUUGGUACCCAGCGGUAUCCAGCUGUGGCUUUCGAGGAGCUUUGCCUGACGGACUCUUUCCAGAACCAUCUUGCCAGCAUUGUCGGACCACACCGUGCGCUCGAGGCGAUGCGCAAUGCCCGUCGACACAUCACGACAAACCUGUUUGCUAUCACAGGUGUGUGCCAAGUGCCGGUCACUUGCUGGCCGCACCCAGAAGGUGCACGGCAAAUAGACUGUCUGAACAUCUUUUGUUGGCUCAACAUCUUUUCCCAUCUGAAGGUAACGGACAUUGUAGUCUGACGGAUUGUUAACAUGUCAUCACAAGGUACUGCAGGGUUAUCUUCUAGGUGAAACACAUAUUACUGUCUUAUUUUUAUCUACUAUCUUAUAUUAUGUUCAUAAUUGCACUUUACUAACGUAAAGCCUUGCGUUAAAUUGGGCCAAUGUAUGAGAAGAAAUGUGAAAUAGCAUUAUGUACUAUUAGGUUUUGUGGUGUAUAAGAUGACUUCAAGGGUAUAUCCAUGUAAGAUAAGUACAAGUUGCGUAUUUACCCUUGAUGGGCAUCUUAUAACCUAUGCACCUUUUCUGCUUUCAGUUACGUCCUCAUAAUUAAUGAUGGCUAUCUUUUAAAUGUAUCUUUAUUUAGUGUGUGCUAGAAGUGUCUGCAUAGCUAAAUCAAAGUGUGUAUAUAUGAAAAGCAGCAGGCCUUGCGGUCUUGUUUUUAUUAAUAUAUUAAUUAUUUAACUCUUUCGUUACCGCAAGAAAUAUGUUCGUUUUUAGUGCUUUUGCAUUUUAAUGUUACGACAACCAUAAGUACUGCAGUACAUAAAUUUAUAGCCUGUUUGCUGGUGCUUUGAAUGGACAUGUAGCAGUAAUAAUUGCUCGGGCAUCUGUUGAGAAUUAUAUGAAGCUUCAAAGAAGCCCCUUAAGAAACGCGAAUGAAACUAAUAAUUUGCCCUUUUUGAAUAUAUCUACCCAGAGAAAAAAAAGAUCUGAAAUAUACAAAAUAUACUCUUGGUUCCUUGUUCCCAACUUUUGUAUGUCAGAUCACGCAAGCAAAUUAUUAUGAAUAUUUGUUGGCAUCAGUACUAGCCAUAGAUAUGCCCAUGCUAUGCGGAAAAGUAGCUUUGCAUGAAAACAGGCAAGUUCCCAUUGCGCAGGGAGCACUUGUUUUUACUCAUUGCAGCAGGCACCUGGAUUGUUAUUACCACAUUUUUUAGGCUCACGAAACAAUGGUUGUCAGGGUCGGGGAUCAUGCAGAAGCUUCCUCAUGCUUGAUUAUUGUGUUCGAUCAGCUUUUCUGAGCGAACAGUGUGGCCUGCUGCACGUUCAACUGCUGCUGGAGCCUCCACAUGCCUUGUUUAGUUGUUCAGUGUUGUACCGUAAUGUGGAGAGUUUGCAAAAUAUUGUGCUCUAAAAGAGCACUUGGUUGAAGGUUGGUCUGAAAUCAACUGUUUGCUUUUACGUGAGUGAAAACCCCGCACUACAGGAAGGAUUGCUUGUAGUAAUUUGUACAUGCGCUGUCAAAUUGCCUAUUGAUAAAAGCAACUCACAGUGGGGAAAAUGAAGUUGCAUUUGAUAUUAGUCGAACACAAUUAUCAAGAUGUGCAUUCAUGAGCAAUCGUUCGUCGUUUGAGACUGUUAAAAGUGCCUGUAUGUGGGAUCAGAAAAUUGAAAAUACGGGAGAACCGUCUGUGUCUUCGUUGCUACUGUCAUUUAAUAUUUGUGUCGCCGAGUCGACCAAAGCACAAAUGUUGAGUCUUUUUAUUGAGGAAGUGCAAGAAGCACUGAAGGCUAGUUUCAACUAUACAGCCAGUUGAAGGUUUAUUUUUACAAACUUGCGAACCUGCCAAGAGUGAUGAAACCUGACAAUAGUUGGAAGUUCAAUUGUGGUUUCAGAAGGUGCAUGAUGUUGCUAGUAGGAUAAUUGAUAGACUUCUGUAGUUGCGGUAACGAAAGAGUUGGCACACCAGUGGUACAUAUUUUACAACUGUGGUCGUUGGUGUGUCGAGUUUUUACAAUCAUUCAUGCUGAAAUUGCUGCACGGUAGACCUGCUGCGUAGAUUUCGUAAAUGUUUUGAAAGAAAGUGUUAUUUUGUACUCGUAAUGGAAAAUAGCCGGGUCUAUGGAAUUGGUGGACUCCUUCUGUUCAGUUUGCGUUGCCUCUGCAGCUGCUCACGCAUUCACUGAAUGGGUUCGUUAAUCAAAAUGAUGUUCCUUUUAUUGUCCUUUUAUUGAUGUGUGUGUAUCCUAGUCUUCCGUGCAGCUUUUUAUAAGUAGUUGAUAUUUAGCUGCGAUAAUCCCUUACACCAGUUAGCUAGAGCUCGUCGAUUAAAUUUUGGGUGUGCAGCUUGGCAGUUCCGAGUGGCCUGACCUAGCUUGUGAUUUCCUAUGGUUUGUGAAUGUGUUAGGAUUGAGUGAGUAUUGUGCUAGUGCACAUUUUAAAAUAUCUGGAAGCUAGGUAGAAACAGCUCUUAUAGUUCAAAGCACUGGCAUAUCUGCGCUCACAUUUUAUACAGUUGUGGCAUUUUGUGGUGCAUUGCUUUUAAUAUCCUGUCUUGGUGCACUGUUUGAGUUGCUGCACUCGCUGUUUAACAGCCCGAGGAACCUUUUUACGCAAAAUUUUUUGGUAGUCAAAAGGACUCCUGGUAAUAUGAGAAUGAAAUGUUGAGUGCCUUUGCUUGCUCUUUCUUUUUUUUUUGAGCAUGUGAGCAGUGUGAUGUACAGAAUGGUCGAUGACUGCGCUGAUACCAAAAGAUUGUAUGUUACACCUGAUUGCAGUGUUUUUAAUUGUUGUCACAAUCCAAGAGCAAUUGUGGCACCUGCACCUUUGGUGCGUCUACAAUAUGGGAGCACCGUUGCUGUAUCCUUUUGGAGACUUGUAACCUCGUGUUCCUUCAUUUACCCGAAAUGAAGAAUUCCCUUUUCAAGCAACCAGCUGCUGCUUGGCCAAGUUAAGCAUUGUGCUGGUCGAAAGCAAAUAAAAGGAAAAUCCUCAUUAACAUUACUGUCUAUGUUGGCAUUAUUGAGGAUUGCUUACGGAAACCUUUACAGUACACAUAAACACUGUGUAGGAGCUUGGAACUGAGCUAAUGUGUCUAAUGAACAGAUUGAGGGUUCCAACAUGUGACAAGACUGUUGUUUAUGUGUAUGGUGCAUCUAACUGGAAUGUUGUCAAAGUUGAUGCUGCUGUUGCAAGACAGAUGUACAGCACAAACUCGCUCUGUACUAAAUGCAACGUGAUGGCAUUAAAACACAUUCAGAUAUGCACAUGGAUAACACUGCUUUGCACCUGAAACCACCUGAUCCGGCAGACCACUUUUCAUGAUUUACAAAAAGAAUAAACAAAGAAUUGAUGCAGGUCCAAAACACAUCUUGGAAUAUAUUCAAACCCCAGCUAUAAAUGACAUGCUUGUGCACAAAAAAAAAAAAGAAA